CAUACUAUGCAGUAUGCGAUGGAACCUGCACCAACAAGUGGGUAUCUUUCAAAUGGGGACAACACUCCGGAAUUUAUCAACUUGACCCAGCUAGAAGGACGUCAGUGGAACCAGCUGGAUGAUGGGACAGUGGAAGUGGUCGAUAGAGCACCGAAAAAAGAAUACUACCUUAGUCUUCGUCGGCCCAUUAAUCCAAACAUGACUCUGAUGGGGACCGGACAACGUAAAGGAAGUUUCUCGGGGUCCUCUGGGCUCGGACCCACCAACGGUGGUGCUAGCGCCUCCUUUGCUGCACCUACAGGUCGAUCACCAUCACCCGGAGCCACUCUGACCCGAAACUCUAACCCACCGGUAACUAACUUCAAACCGUCCGGUAAAACAAUGGAUUGUACGGUGGUCAUGUUGGAUGGCACUCCGCGAGAGUUUCGCAUAGAUCGUGCUGCCUAUGGUCAACAAUUGUUCGAAGCUGUCUGCGCCCAUUUGGCUCUGUCCGAGGUAGAGUACUUCGGACUCACCUACUAUGAUUCGUCCAACACGUGGUUCUGGUUGAAUAUGCGUAAAAAGAUUGCCAAACAACUCCCAAAGAAUGAGUGGCGUUGUGAGUUUCAAGUUCGAUUCUAUCCCUACGAUAUCGAUGGGAUCAAGGAAGACCUGACGCGAUACUAUCUAUGCCUUCAGGUCAGACAGGACCUUGUUAGCGGACAGUUACCUUGUUCCUUCAUGGUCUACUGUCUGCUGGGCGCUUACAUCAUCCAAUCGGAAGCCGGUGAUCAUGACCCUGCACAGCAUGUGGGCAUUAAAUACAUACAAGACCAUCCUUUUGCGCCUCAUGUCCUGCAAACUCCGGAAAUGUUGGAGCGGAUGGUGCAGCUUCACAAACUCCAUCGCGGAAAAACUCCACAAGAAGCCGAUCGUUUGUUCCUUCAGAACGCGCGAUGCCUCGCUCUGUAUGGGGUUGACCUUCACAAAGUAAAGAAUAGUCAGGGCAAAGACGUCCAUUUGGGUGUGUACCACGGUGGAUUCCUGCUCUACCGCAACCGUAUCCGACUGAUGCACAUUUCCUGGCCCCACAUUAUCAAAUUUUCCUAUCGAGACCGAACCUUCAUGAUCACCCUCCGUCGACCUGACACAGACCCUUCCGAUACCACCCUCUCCUUCAAGUGUCAAGGCGAGACAUUUGCCAAACGAUUGUUCGAUGUGUGUGCCGAUCACCACGCUUUCUUCCGGUUACGUGGGUCAGCCAGACCGAAAAAACCUAGCUUUCUUCCUACCUUCGCUACGCGUAAAUAUCACUUCCCCAGCAGUUUGGUAUUUUCCCCACCCUCACAACCUUCGAUGAAUGGAGCUCAGCGACCACAAUCCCAGUUCCGCCCCGUCCAUAUGCAUCCUCAGAAUCCGAAUUGGUUUACUCUGGCCCGUCCGGGAGAACCUGGCCAUCCAAAUGGCGUAGUAGCCAGUCAGUAUCAGUAUCAACCGGCUAUGUUUGACGGCGAUGUGGGCACGAUGAAUCCAGUCUAUUUGGACGGUCAAUACGUGACCAAUGGGCAUACCGGACAACAAGGCGUACAGAGGCACCUACCUCACGGGGCGGCUACUCCAGGUGUCGGUGCCGUGGAGUAUCAUCAUUCGGGAGCUGCGGUAGUGAUUUCCCGACCUGUAUUUGUGGCAGAGCACUGGCGCAUUUCUCCAGCUGAUCGGACUCCUGGUCUGGGGAUCGAUCCGCAUGGACUGGAUGUUGCAGCUCAACGGGGAGCUGGAUGGCAGGGCUGUCGUGCUAACAAGGGCGUGAAAGCCCCUGGUGCGUACUAUUUCGAGGCGGUCUGCUUAGAGGAUGGCCUGGUACGAGUUGGUUGGUCUACGAACGAGGCCAGUUUGGAGUUGGGGACGGACAAUUGCGGCUUCGGAUUCGGUGCGGACGCAGUGGGUGCAUCGGGUGCGAACGGCGCUGGACGAGCAAUGCACCGGAAUACCGGCCACGACUACGGGGUCUCAGUAAAGCAAGGAGAUGUGAUCGGCUGCUGGUUGGAUUUGAACAAGGGAUCUGUCGCUUGGUCGUGCAACGGAGAGGUGUUCCAGCGUGGUUUUACCAUUCCAGACCAGUUGAGAGGAGAAGCUUUCCUUCCGGAUCUUAUGUGCACUGACCGAGCUAACGCCAAAGUUUCUUUCCACACUCGCUGUCUAGCCGCUAGUUUGAAGGACUCGCGCAUUAUGUUCAAUUUCGGUGACCAGGCUCUGGAGUACCCACCACAAGGUCCAUUCAUUCCGGUCGCACAGGUUUCAGAUGAUAGUGAAGUUCCGAAUCGGAUUACCGGAUGGAGAAUGAACCCGUAUGAUGCUUCGGCCGCGCUGGACAUUUCUCCGGAUGGUAGCAAAGCCCAAGCCCACUGGGCCCAUGGCUGGCAAGGCUGCCGGUCGAAUCAAGGCAUUCGAGGACCGGGUAGAUUCUACUUCGAGGCAACGCCCCUAGAAGAUACCGGGCUCUGUCGUAUCGGCUGGUCGACUGAAGAUGCCAGUCUUAACCUGGGAACCGAUCGAUUCGGAUUUGGUUAUGGCGCGGACAAUGACGGCUUCGGCUUGAACGGCCAGCAGGGUAAACGGAUGCAUUGCGAUGAGAUUGAAAACUAUGGAGAGGCAUUUACCAAGGACGAUGUGAUCGGGUGCUUCCUAGACACGAUUGAACACACGGUCAAAUGGUCUAAGAAUGGUAUCGAUUUUGGCGAAGCGUACCACAUACCACCGGAAUUGUUUCAGUCCGCCACCGCCGCGGCAUUCUUCCCCACGGUGUCGCUGUUAAACUCCACUGUGGAGUUCAACUUCGGUGACAAACGAUUCCAAUUCUACCCUGGACCCGAUUGGACUCCAGUGUGUUGCACACCCGCGAACUACUUGAAGCGUACUCGGCGGAAGGGACCUGAGCGCAAGGUCAAAGGAUGGUCGUACAUCGAUCCAUCCGUGUUGCAGCAACAAAUGAAGAUUGGACACGCUGCUGCCGCUGUCGGUGCCGCACGUGCUGUCGAGCGUCACGAAGAGGAAUUACCACAAAAGACGAAUGCACAGUCCCCCUCUCCCAGAUCUCCUCUUCCCCCGCCUGGAGCUGUUCCGUUGCCUGGUCUAGUCAUCGGGUCUACGGCCGCACCCAUCAGUCCGGUGAAAAAACCAAGCAUUGUGAACACCAGCACUACGCAGACACAAUCGAGCACGCAGGACUCUGUGAGUCCGAUCGUCACGGACUCCAUCGUGUCACCGAAGCCACGCUCCCCGGUCGGUGCCGGACCGUACUCAUCCACUCCUUCCACCCAGUCUCCGAACAUCGACCCUCCACGUUCCUAUCAGGGGUCGGUCCCUGUCUACGACCUGCGCGACUGUACACGUCGAGUGGUAAACGGCGAAGUUGUGUCUGUCCGACACAGCCAGCCCGUAGUCGAAACCGAAUCGUUUGUUGACGAACACGGAAAACUGAUCAAACGCACUGUGAAACGCUCGGAGGUGACGACCACCAAAACUGUGAGUGAGCGAGUUAUCGCCAGUGAAUGGGAACCCCCGGCUCAUACCAACGGGCACGUUUCCAAAGAAGAUCCGGAUCAAGUUUUUUGUUUUCCCUUGCUUUCUGCUUUCUUGGAUUCAUCCAUCCAUCCCUGUCCUGUUUGGAUAUCUAUGCACCGAUACACAUAUAUACAUCUUUAUAUGAUGAACAAUCUUGCUCAUCCAUUGUCCUCCAAUUUGACUCCCCCCUCCUGUAAACCUACCUCUAUUUGCGUGCGUCGGGCGUUGCGUUUGCGAUGCCCGAAGGCAAUCAACGCCCGUUGGUCGACAGACGUUACAUCUGUACCCCAGCUCUACCCAUCC